UUAGAGUGAUAUGGAAGGAAGAAAUGUGAAAAAUGGUGAUACUAAUAAUAAUAAGAUAGUGGGUUCUUCUCUAAGUAUAGAGAAGAACCCAAUAUCACCACCAGAGGCUAGUUCCCUUAAGAAACUAGCCCUGGUGGCUUCGAUUGCGGCCGGGGUCCAAUUCGGGUGGGCGUUACAGCUCUCCCUAUUGACCCCGUACGUACAACUUUUAGGCAUCCCACAUACGUGGGCUCCCUAUAUAUGGUUGUGUGGUCCAAUCUCGGGAAUGAUUGUUCAACCCACAGUGGGUUAUUACAGUGACCGUUGCACCUCUAAAUUCGGCCGACGCAGCCCCUUUAUUGCAGUAGGGGCUACGUUGGUUGGAUUCGCAGUUUCCCUUAUCGGCUUUGCAGCCGAUAUAGGACAUGCGACAGGGGAUCCAAAUGGUAACGUACCAAAACCGCGAGCAAUCGCGGUUUUCGUCGUUGGAUUUUGGAUCCUAGAUGUAGCCAACAACACCCUGCAAGGUCCAUGCAGGGCGUUGUUGGCUGAUAUGGCAGCCGGUUCUCAAGCAAAGACCCGGUAUGCCAAUGCAUUUUUUUCCUUCUUCAUGGCAUUAGGAAACAUCGGCGGAUACGCCGCUGGUUCCUAUAGUCGUCUUUAUACCGUCUUCCCAUUUACUCACACAAAAGCUUGUGACACAUAUUGUGCAAAUCUUAAAUCUUGCUUUUUCAUCUCAAUUACACUCCUAAUCGUUCUUACAAUACUGGCGCUCUCAGUUGUUCGAGAGCGCCCAUUCACUUUGGAUGAAAUACAAGAAGAAGAAAAUCUUAAAAACAAUACAGGAGGAUGUGCAAGAUUACCAUUUUUUGGACAACUUUUUGGUGCACUAAAAGAUUUACCUAAACCUAUGUUAAUCCUUCUUUUAGUAACAUGUUUAAAUUGGAUUGCAUGGUUUCCAUUCUUGUUAUUUGACACAGAUUGGAUGGGUAAAGAAGUUUAUGGUGGUACAGUUGGUGAAGGAAAAGCAUAUGAUAUGGGAGUUCAUGCUGGAGCCUUGGGAUUAAUGAUUAACUCAGUUGUUUUGGGUAUUAUGUCACUUGGUAUUGAAAAGUUAGCUCGUUUAGUAGGAGGUGUUAAGAGAUUAUGGGGCAUUGUUAAUCUUAUUUUAGCUGUUUGUUUAGCAAUGACAAUAUUAGUUACAAAAUCUGCCGAGCACUACCGUGCUACACACCACGUACCGGGUGCUAUUGGACCGCCGUUGCCGCCUCCCGGUGUUAAGGGUGGCGCGUUGGCUAUCUUUGCCGUGCUUGGUAUCCCACUUGCGAUCACUUUCAGUAUUCCUUUCGCACUGGCUUCAAUUUUUUCAGCAUCUUCCGGAUCAGGACAAGGUCUCUCUCUCGGAGUUCUCAACCUGGCAAUUGUUGUUCCUCAGAUGUUUGUGUCGGUAACAAGUGGCCCAUGGGAUGCAUUGUUUGGUGGGGGAAAUUUGCCAGCAUUUGUGGUGGGAGCCGUCGCAGCAACGGCCAGUGCCAUCCUUUCCUUUACUUUGUUGCCGUCUCCGCCGCCGGAAGCCAAAAUCGGAGGGUCAAUGGGUGGCCAUUAAAAAUAAAGAGGCCAUUUUAAUUUUUAACUUUCUUUUUUAUCUAGAGAGAGGAAAAAACGAAUGGAAGCUUUUAAUUUAUUAUUCCAUUCGCCGUGUAAUUUUUCUCUCUACUUUUUUUUACUUUACUGCGACGUGUUUUUUUUUUUUUUUGAGAUAAGGAAAUGUUAGAGAACGGGGGAUCAGCAAGAAAUUGCCCGCGUAUAAAUACCAUCCCUCUUUGUAAUUUUCAGUGAUAUUUGAUAGUCAGAAAUCAAAAAAUUAAUCAAAA